AUGAAUAGCACUUUUACUGCUGAAGAGUCUAUGUCUAUAUCAUGUGCUUCGCCACUGGCAGGGCUAGAAUCAAAAGAUUAUCAAAAAGUAAUGGGGUAUUUCAUCACCUCUGAAAAGAUAUGCAAGAAAGCUGAUGUGAACUAG